AUGCCUUUGAAAGAGGACCCCUCUUGCUUGGGACAUUCAAAGGACAUUGCUGUAAAAAAACUUAAUUCGUUGCGGAAUCGUCUGUCGAGGGAUUCAGAUUACUUGUCGUUAUAUUUAGACUUUAUGAGAGAAUACGAGGAGUUAGGUCACAUGGAGAAGGUUGAUGAGACAACUGAACCAACUUCCUCUUAUUAUAUACCACACCAUGGAAUCUUUCGUCCAGAAAAGUCGACUACUAAACUUCGUGUAGUUUUUAAUGCAUCGUCUCCUACAACUAACGGUAUUAGCUUAAAUGACAUUCUGAUGAAAGGAGAAGUUAUUGAGGACGUAUUCACGACCAUUACUGGUUUUCGGAGACACAAAUUUGCCUUUACCGCAGAUAUAGAAAAGAUGUAUUGGCAAAUACUCAUCGAAUCAGAUCAAUGCGAUCUUCUGAGAAUUCUAUAA